ACGACGCGCUAGCAGCGUUAGCUUCCAGGUUUGCUUGUUUAUCGUCGGUCAGAAGUCUGUUUUUGCUGUAAACUGAAUAUUUCAGCGUCUGCAGCAACAAUAUCUUCGCUUUAUCUCCAGAGAGCGACUAACUGCUGAAGAAAUAUUCAGAACCAUCGUCCAGGAGGAGGAAGAGACCGAGCAUCAGCUCAGACUGCUGGAUAGCAGCUGGAGAACCCGAACCGGGUCAGAACCUCCAGAGAGCGACUAACUGCUGAAGAAAUAUUCAGAACCAUCGUCCAGGAGGAGGAAGAGACCGAGCAUCAGCUCAGACUGCUGGAUAGCAGCUGGAGAACCCGAACCGGGUCAGAACCUCCAGGCCUUCCUCUCCAUCAUGUCUGCUAUUUGGCACACUCACACAGACCACCUUCUCACAACUGAAGAGAGGAGCUCCAAUGUUGACCCCAAGAUACCAAACUCUAUAGAAGUAAAAGAAGAACUGGAAGAAUCAGAAACACGGCAGAUGUCUGAGCCAAAAGAAGAGCCAGAACCACUAACUAGGACAGAACAUAUUGAGUUGUGGGUGUUUCAGGAUAAAGAACAGUUUUUAGUGAAGCAGGAGACCAGUAGCUUCAAUGUGACUCAUGCUUAUGGGGAAAUAUUCCACAAUGAACCAGAGCUGCGACAUAUGAUGGAAACAAAGAAGGAGCCAGAAUCUGUACAGAUUGAAGAGAAACUAGAAUCUGUGAACAUCAAAGAUGAACAUGAGGAUUUUUGCAGUAAUCAGGGUGAAGAUCAGCUUGUAUUGAAGCAGGACAUUGACAACUGUGUUGUGAAUCCUACUUAUGAGAAAAAGGACAUGGGUGAACCAGAACCAAGCAAUGACCCUCACCUCUCUGCAAACAGCCCUGAAUUUGAAAACCAAUAUCUGCAAAGAAGCAAUGAAAAAGACUCAGAAUCAAGAGGAGAUAAAGAAUCAUUUCAACUAAGUAUUAAUUUAGGUCAGGAACAGGGGUAUCUUUGCAGUAAUCAGGAGCAGCUUGUAGUAAAGCAGGAGACUGAAAACUGUGGGGUGACUCAUACUUACGAGGAAAACAACAACAUUCCAGAACCAAACAAGAAACAAUUGCUCUCUGCUAACUGCUCUGACAUUGAGAACCAGCAUCAGUCAGAGAGCAACCAGAAAGACUCAGACUCCGGAUCAAGUACAGAUAAAAAUCUGCAGCCAGAGAAGAGACACCAGGACACCAGAAAUCACAGGGACAAUGUGGACAAUUCAAAACUAACAACCCAUAAAAAUGAUAAAUCUUGCUGUGAAAUAUGUGGUAAAUCUUUUAGCCAUCCAAGUAAUUUGAAAACGCACAAAACAACUCACACAGAGAAGCCUUAUUCUUGUGAGCUGUGUGGAAAAUCUUUUCAGCACAUGAGGAGUUUGACUCGUCACCUUAAAACUCACACAGAUAAAAAGCCUUAUUCUUGUCCGUUGUGUGAAAAAUCUUUUCAACAUAAUCACGAUUUGAGUCGUCACUUCAGAAUUCACACAAAUGAAAAGCCUUAUUUUUGUAAGUUUUGUGGAAAAUCUUUUCGACAAAGCAAUGUUUUGUAUCGCCACCUCAAAACGCACACUGAUGACAAGCCUUAUUCUUGUCCGUUGUGUGAAAAAUCUUUUCGACAAAAUCAUGAUUUGAGUCGCCACUUCAGAAUUCACACAGGUGAAAAGCCUUAUUCUUGUAAGUUGUGUGGAAAAUCUUUUUGACAAAGGAAUGUUUUAAAUUUUCACCUUAGAACUCACAUAGGUGAGGAACCUUACACUUGUACGUUUUGUAAUAAAUCUUAUCAGCAAAAAUCCUAUUUCGACUUCCGGUUAUGGCGGCCAUGUGAGAAGGCGCAUCGCACAUCGCCCAGCAGUUUGUUGCUUUAAAAAGAGGGAAAAUAAUCGCUGCCCACAAAGAUUUAUAUAAAAAAAGGGACAAUCUGAUGUAUAAUGUCAAGCUCAACUAGACAACAUAAAGGGAAAAGAGAAGCAUCCAAGCAAACAAAGUUAUUCGAGCACAACCUCCGUGGAGAAGCUAGCAAGGACAAAAACAUGGCUGCGCAUGAAGGGAAAAGUGAACCGGAUAAUAGUAAGUCGGAUCAAAUCCUAGCUGCACUGGAAUCAUUGAGAAACGAAUUCUCCGCGAAACUUGACGGAGUGAUGGUGACAAUGCAAGAUGUAAAACAGGAACUGAAAGACUAUAAUGAACGUAUGUCACGGGCGGAGGACCGCAUUUCUACCGCGGAAGACGAAGUGGCUAACCUAAAAGCUAACGUGAGCUCCCUGCAGGCUAAAAAUAAAUCUAUGGAAGACAAACUCAUAGACUUGGAAACAAGAUCUCGCCUGAACAACUUGAGACUCGUGUACUUGCCAGAAGGAGCCGAGGGUCCCGAUCUUUGUGCUUUUUUGGAGAAGUGGAUACCGGAGGCGUUGGGGAACGAGGCGCGGCAACCCUCGGUGAGCCUGGAAAGAGCUCACAGAUUAGGACCGAGAGCGGACGGAGCUUCCCGACCAAGAACCCUGAUAAUGAGGUUCCUCAAUCACCGAGAAAGGCAAGCCGUCAUUCGAGCUGCACAGGAAAAGAAGGACGUCUUCUAUAAGGAACAACGGGUCCGCUUCUACCCCGACCUGGCCACCGAGCUUCACCAGCUGAGGAAAAAGUUCGAUCCGAUCCGUGAAGAGCUGCGUAAAUUGGGCAUUCGCAACGGAAUAACUCAUCCUGCAACGCUUCUAGUGACUCAUGAAAACAAAACACAGGCAUUCAAAACACCUGGGGACGCAAGGGAGUUUCUCAAGAAAAUCCAAGGGGGCUCAGGACCCAUAGAACACUAAGUAAAGAAUGAAGCUUCAGAUGGAGUGUAAAGUGUUGCUCAUCAUGUCUGUUGCUAAUUUGGAUGUUCUCCCAGACAACCUUCUCACAACUGAAGGGAGGAACUCCAGUCUUGACCACAACAUACCAAAUUCUAUAGAAAUAAAAGAGGAAAAGGAGGAAACACAGACACAGCAGAUGAGUGAACUGAAAGAGGCACCAGAACUGCAAUCGAAUGAAGAAGAACAUAUUGAAGUGUGGGUCUUUCAGAAUGAAGGACGACUUUUAGUGAAGCAGGAGACCAGCACCUCCCUGGUGACUCCUGCUUAUGAGGAAAGGUUCCACAAUGUACCAGAACUACAGCAAAUGAUGGACAAAAAGGAGAAACUAGAACAUGUACAAAAUAAAGUAGAUCAAGAAGAACCCAAACCGGUGAAGAUAAAAAAUGAACCAGAAUCUGUUGAGAUUAAAAAGGAACCAGAACCUGUAGAGAUUAAAUUAAAACAAGAAGAUCUUUGUUGUAUUAAGGAUGAAGAGCAGCUUGUAGUGAAGAAGGAGACUGAAAGCUUUAUAGUGAAUCCUACUUUUGCGGAAAAAGACCACAGUAAACCAGAACCAAACAAGAGAGAUAUCCUCUCUGUAAACUUUUCUGAAGAUGAGAUCCAACAUCAGCAAGAAAGCAACCAUGAUGGCUUGGGAUCAAGUAAAGAUGAAGAUCUUGAGCCAGAGAAAAGACCUCGGGAUACCAGAAAUCACAAUGUGGACGGUUCAAACCAAGAUAAUCAUAAAACAGAUUUGGCUUCUUGUGAAAUAUGUGGUAAAUGUUUCAGUAAUCGUAACUACUUGCCUGUUCACAUGGGAGUCCACAGAGGUGUGAGGCUGUAUCCUUGUGAAGUGUGUGGUAAAUCUUUCAGCCAUGCAGGUUAUUUGACUAAUCACAAAAGAACUCACACAGGUGAAAACCCAAAUCACUGUAAAAUAUGUGGCCAAACAUUUUGUGACUGGACUACUAUGGCCAAACAUAUUAGAACUCACACAGAAGAGAAGCCAUAUUCAUGUGAAGUGUGUAGAAAAUCUUUCAAAACCAGUAAAUAUUUGGCUAGUCACAUAAAAACACACAAAGAGGAGAAGCCUUUCUCGUGUGUUACCUGUGGAAAAGGUUUCAUCUGGAAAUCUGCUUUAACUGUGCACAUGAGAACUCAUACAGGUGAGAAACCUUUUCCUUGUGAAGUGUGUGGUAAACAUUUCAUACAGAGUCAUGAUUUGACCCGUCACCUUAGAACUCACACAGAUGACAAACCUUAUUCUUGCAAGUUUUGCAAUCUAUCUUUUAGGAAAAGUCACGAUUUGGCUCUUCACCUUAGAGCACACACAGGUGACACACCGUAUCAUUGUAAGUUUUGCAAUAAAUCUUUUCAGAAACGUCACUAUUUGAAUUGCCAUCUUAGAACUCACACAGGUGAAAAGCCUUACUCUUGUGACUUGUGUGACAAAUCUUUUGUAACAAAGGUUGUUUUGGCACGUCACUAUAGAACUCACACAGGUGAAAAGCCUUAUUCUUGUGACUUGUGUGACAGAUCUUUUAUAACAAAGGCAAUUCUGGAACGUCACCAUAGAACUCACACAGGUGAAAAGCCUUAUUUUUGUGACUUGUGUGGUAAAUCUUUUGGAGGCCAAAGUAAUUUGGCAUGUCACAAAAAAUCUCACAAAGAUAAGAGGCCAUAUUCCUGUAAAUUGUGCGAGAAAUCUUACAAACGCAGUACUGAGUUGGCUCGUCACCUUCAAACCCACACAGGUGAAAAGCCUUAUUCUUGUGAUUUGUGUGACAAAUCUUAUAGAGACCAUGGUAAUUUGACUUGUCACAAAAGAUCGCACACAGGCGAGAGGCCUUAUGCUUGUAGAUUUUGUGAUAAAUCAUUUAGAAAAAAGGCUAGUCUGGGACGUCACUGUAGAACUCACACAGGUGAAAAGCCUUAUCCUUGUGAUUUGUGUGAUAAAUCUUUUAGAGACAGCAGUAAUUUGGCAAGUCACAAAAGAAGUCACAAAGAAAAGAGGCCAUAUACAUGUACACUGUGUGAAAAAUCUUUCAAACAAAGUACUCAUUUGACUCGUCACCUUAGAACUCACACAGGUGAAAAGCCUCAUUUUUGUGAUUUGUGUAGUAAAUCUUUUAGAGACACCAGUGGUUUGGCUCGUCACAGAACAACUCACAAAGAGGCUAUGUGUAAGUAGUGAAAGAAUUCCUUCAUACAAAGUAUAUAUUUGGUUUUGUCACAUUUAAAAUUAACAGGUCAAAAAUAAUGUAAUUUAAGUUUCACUACAAUUCACU